UGACGUCACAAUAUGUCGUUCCCCUCAGGACAUCUCCACCUCACAAGCCGAGAGGAAGUGGUCUGCAUGACACGACAGUAAAGAACGGAGAGCCAAACCCCGGGAAAAGCACCCCACCUUUCGGCGUGUAUCCGCGGUUCGGACGCCCGCCGCCCGAUGUUCACACACACGUUCGUGUCCAGUACGGUCAGCAGGGCUUCCAGCAGGGAGUACCUUCAUCCCAAUGACAGCAACAACGUCAACGGAAUCUCCGGCUCAUACGAGAAACUUCCUAGCGAGAGCGGGACCCAGUCAGACUCGGCGUCCACAGGCUACAGCACGGGCAGCGUCACGUCCAUGACCUCCAUCUCACCCGUCCCCUCCCCGCAGGGCACCCUCACACGGCCCCGCAGACCCAGACCCAGGAGCGCCAUGGCAGACAGCACGUUCAGGGGAGACAAGUCCCUCGAUGGUUACCACAACGGACCCAUCCCAGUUGACCUGAUCGCUAAAGCAGUUAAGGAGUUUGACUCCCUGAGAUGGUGCUACGAACAGAACCAGAGACAGUAUAUGGAAGUUGUGGGGAAGUUACAGGAAACUCAAACGGAGUUGAGCAAGUUAAAAAGAGCCUCGCGGUUCUUGGUGGAUGACUACGAGACGAUACAGACACAGCUGGAGGUGCAGGAGAGCUGCAGGAUAGAGGCCGAGAGAUACGCAGCAAAGAUGGUGCAGGAGAACAAGGUCCUGAAGCGAGUGAGCCAGGGCUUCCUGCUGGAGCACGGAGGGAAGGUGCCCAUUAACGAGAACCGCAACGAGCCCACAGAAAUCAGCCAACUCAACAGCCGGAUAUCUGCCCUAACCGCUAUAGUAGGGAAGCUGCGCAGCGACUUAACGGUGGCCAACGACCGCGCACACUGCGCAGAAAAGGAAGCCAGAGAGUUCAAAGAAAAGUAUCAAGAAGAACGGGCGGAACACGAUGAGGCAAAAAUACGGGUGUCAUCCUUGGAAGAGGUAGUCAAGAAAUUCAAGCGGGUGUCCACCAUGGUUGUUGAGGAGUAUGAGGAUCUGCAGCAGACACUGGAGGUGGAGAAGGGCUGCAGGAUACAGGCGGAGGACUAUGCCUACAAGAUUCGCAAGGAGAGAAAUGCCCUGCGACACAAGAGUGCCAUUUUGGAAGGUGGAGUGACCAUGGAUGACCGGCUGAUAACUGCGCUGGACAGAGUGGACUCUCUGAGUAAAACACUGGAGCAAGAAAGGCACCAGUUCAAACAGAAGAUACGUCGCCUAGAGGAGGAACUAACAGAUGUGGAACGUGUUGAAAAGGUCCGUACAUUAGAGGAGCAGCUGGAGAAGUCAGGUGACACAGGGAAGGUGGACAGAUUACAGACCAGCGUCGUCAUGGCAACAGAAGAAUCCAGCCAGAUGGAGAGAAGAGCGAGUGAAGCCGAGUCCAAGGUCAAGGAGCUGGAGAGGGAAGUUGAAGAGUUGAAGAAGAAGCUGGCAGCACCUCCUGCAGCACCACCCCCUCCACCACCACCACCCCCACCACCACCACCCCCUCCCCCUCCACCUCCUAACCCCAUGAAGAUGUUUGGCAACAUCCUUGGCAAGAAGAGGCCAGCAGGGCUGCCUAAGAAGGAUGACCCUCGUAAUGCAGCCAUGGCGGAGAUGAUGGAGAGGAUCAAGAAGGGAAACAUCGCCCUGCGCAAGACUGGCCUCAUCCAGAAGGACAAGCCCACAGCCAUUGUUGAUCUACAGAGCAUGCUGAAAAAGACAACACCCCGUAGACGGCCGAGCAAACUGUUCACAAUAGAUGAAAACAUGGACGAAGCCACCAAACAGUUCAUGAACACCAUGAGCAGGAGAAGAGCAUUGACAGACAAACAAACUGGUGGGAAGCAGAAGAAUGGUGAGGACAAGACACAAUCAAGUGACAGUGAGGGAGUGCGUCGUACAAAUUCAAAUACCAGGGGCAACCUUCAUGACUUUGUGGACAGUUUUAAACCUAGAUAAUGGAACUGCCAAUGACGAUGCUGACACAGCUGCUUCAAUAAUAUAGUGCAGUUCUGUGCUGUGCUGGACAUGUAGGGUUUUUGCCCCAACAUUACAUGACAUGUCCUGCAAAGAUCAUGCAGUGCAGUUUUGAUGGCAUUUCUUGUCAAAUUUGACUAUUAUUGCCAAUAUUAUAGCAUCUAAGA